UUCUGAAGUCAACAUUUCCAUUCUGUGUUCAUGCCUUGUUUCUUUACGUGCUCUGCCGGACUUGGCUCACGUUUUUUUUUUCUUAAUUUCCGCAAAUGUGAAGGUGGUCAAGGAAUAUUUCCUAAGAAUAUUUACAGUCUGCUAUUAAACUUUAAACUUGUUCAGUGGAGAUAUGGAUGAUGAAGACGAUCCCGUUGUAGAAGAGGUUCCAGUCUACUUGUCGAAAAACCUUUCCGAGAACUUGUAUCUGUUGCAGUAUCCGGUGAAAGCUUCCUCUUCUACAUUCGACGAUGGCCAGGUCGUGAACAGUUGCGUUAAGCCGAUCAAUCAGCAGAUAAAGGUAGAUUAUGCUUUGAACACGGCAUCCAAAAACUACGAUUCAUUUAAAGGGGAACAGUUUGCGAUCGCGGCUGAUGGCAAGGAUAAGCAACAAAAACCAACGUUUCGAAGUGGAACAAUGGACAAACAGUCCUUUCUCAGCUCAAAACCUAUCGAGGACGUUAAUCGAUAUAUGAUCUGUGUGCUGCAGGAUCGGGAGAUUCAUGCCACACCACUCAGCGGUAUUGUUUCAAUGCGUCAAAUGUUCUCUUAUUUUGAUAAGCAGGACAAGCGAACAAAGGCCGAGCAAAAAGCCGAACAGGAUGCAGAUGCUGACGAAGAAGAAGCCAAGCAGGUUACAGUCAAGUUUGCUCGACAAGAAAAUGAAAAGGUGCGAAAAGCAAGGGAAAAAUCGUUUAACUAUAUCUCGAAGAUGGAAUCGGAGGAGCCGUGGUGUGAAACGUUCUGGCAUGCAAAAAACUCAACUGCUGCCGAACUGGAAAGGCAGAAAUUAUAUUGUAGCACCUCCUUGCGGGAUGGAGCGGACAGUUCCCUCAACGUCGGAUCUAAGGAGUAUUUGGACAUGUUGAUUAGCAAGGAGAAAAUGGAUAGGAAUAUUGAUUCUAUGCUGCCAAGCCGAGUUGUCUGUAUGCACAAGCUAAAGCAAAUGACGCUCGUCGAUCAGAUUAAGGUUAUUCUUAGAGAUGCAAAGGUACUCACGUUCCAACAAAUAAUGGACCUUCUUCCGGACCGGAGCCUUGUGGUGGACAAAGUUCUCCGCACCCUUCCGAUGGCUGGUGUAUUGAUUCGUGGCAACUGGGUUGUUCAAUCGGAGAGCAUCUAUCCGGAAGGAAGCGUGUCCAGUACCAACGGCGUUCCGGCGGAACAAAUGUGCAAAGCACGCGACUAUAUUCUGUACAGGUUCACCCAGUGUGACAAGCUGGAACGGCAUCAGCUGGCGCUUAUUACACAGCUGCCGACGGAGGAGAUUCGGGAGAUACUUUGUUCAGUUGCAAAACUGAACAGUGACCGUAGCUGGAGCCUGCUGUUACCACCGAAUGAGGAGUUUUCGGUGAACGAGCAGGAAAUUAGUGAUAGACAGACCGCUUUUUGGACUGCUCGAGCGGAUAAGUUCAACGAGAUGGAAAAGAGCACUAAAAGAGUAAGGAAGCGAUCGUCAAGGUCUGACAGUAAAUACGACAUGAAAAUGAAUAAUGGAUAGCAAGGUUAGUGCUUGUAUAAGAAUUUAUAUUAUGUUUCUAAACCAGUAAGCAUAACUAUUUAUAUAAUUGCCGGAAAAUAUAUUUAAGAAAACCAAGUCAAACAACGAA